UUCCCGGCGGACGCGAUGGCGCGGAUCACGCUGGAGGACCUGGAGCGGCUGGGCGAGGAGCCCGCGGCCGCCGGCGGGGACGGCGGCGACAGCGAGGACGACCAGGAGGAGCAGGGCCGGCUGUUCGCGCACUGGGAGGCCGUGGCCAGCACGCAUCGAGUGAGCCUGCCCCGAGACAUGGCAGGCCCGAUCGCCCAGAUGGCCCGGCACAACCAGGCUCGCGAGCCUGUGCCGUACGUGUCCCUCUCGCAGCACGGGAAGUGCGAGGAAGCAGCCUAUGAGGAGCGGCGUUACCCAGCUGGGAAGUGGGCGUGUGUCACCAAGGGGGAGCCCAUGUAUGAGCAGAGCAUCUCCAUGAGCUUCAUGAAGCUCAUGCGCUACAUCUGCAAAGAGAACUCAGUAGGUUGCUAUCUGGGCAUGACAGUCCCGGUGCUCAACGAAAUCCACCUGACCAACGAUGAGACCGAGCUGGAGCGUGAGGUCGUAACUGCCUAUUAUCUCCCAGGAGAGUUCCAGCAAAAUCCUCCUGUUCCCAUGGACCCUGAAAUCCACAUCACUGAGAGGGCACCGCUCCGGGUUAUAACCAGGGUUUUCUAUGGGAUGACCACUGAAGAGACAAUUCUGCGGGAGAUCAGUCUCUUCUGGGAGCUCUUGGGCUCCACAGACACUGUGCUCCGGGAAACCUACAUUGUGGCUUCUUAUGAAAAUCCCAGCAUCCCUCAGCGCCGCAAUGAAAUCUGGUUCAUCUGCCGAGCAGAGUGAGUCCCCUCUGUGACCGCAAACCGUCCUGUGACUGGACCUGGUGCAGAUGGCAGUUCUGACCCAAAGGAGAUGGACCACGUCCUGACCCGCUAUUCACCCACGAAAUGACAGACCAAGAGACUGCAGGGUGGGUUUGCUGCCUCCCCUGCAAGCGUCCUGUCAGGGGAAAUCCUGCCUGGUCUGCACUUCACCUGCCCCCACAGGGGCCAGCUGAGGCUGGAGCUGGCACCAGGGACAAUCUCUGCAGCAAGCUCCUGGUGGGAAGUAUGUGGUAGGGGGUCAUUAAGGCAGUAACCAUGUGGGCUUGUGCAAUGUGUUAGCCUGACCUGUGCUCCUCUCAGCUCUGAGCUGGGCUUGCAGAGCUGUGCCAAGUAUGCUAGUGGGGCUUGUGGUUGGCAGAAGCACAAGCUGAUGGUGUCUAGAAAGCAAAUGACUGUGUAUAAAGUGUGGGGCUCUGUGUGGCCUCUGGCCUGCUUCCUGUGAGAAUGGCUGCCUGUCCCAAACAGAGCCACUGAAAUGCUGCUACAGGGACAGUGGGGUUUGAAGGGGGAAAGGGCUUGAAUUCAGGUGGGAAUCCUGAAUGUUUCCUGCCGGGGUGGCUCUCUUUGGACUGUUGGAUGCCUCCCUGGCUGUCACUCAACAGUCGUCAGCCAGGACUGGGGCGCUGGCAGCCUUUGUCCAUCUAUUGUGGGUGCUGUUUUGCAGACCUGCUGCUGAGAGGGACAGGUGCUGACAGCAGCAGGCGUGGCACCACUGUGUGUUGUGCAUUGAUCAGUAAGUUUCACAUCCAUGAAUACCGUCAUGCUUUCCUGGGGGAAGCUGGCAAUGCCAACAGUAAAUAAACCCAGCUCAAACCA